AUCAAGUCUAUUUACAUGAGUUUUUACCGAUCGUGAUUGAAACUAUACGCUUUUGAUGCGUUGUAAAAAACGUUUUUAACUCAAGAAUUACUCAGUUUAUCCAUAAAAAUGACUAGCUUAAAAAAGAAAUAUACACAAAAUGAUUUGCGUCGAUUGAUGGCCGAACAAAAGGCAAAAAGUGCACCGAAAAAAACUACAACGACCAUUAAUUCACCAUUAGCCAAGUAUAAUGAUUUAGGUCAAUUGAUGUGUCUAUUGUGCAAAACAGUUGUUCGAUCGGAGGAUGUGUGGAAAGUGCACAUAAAUGCAAAACAACAUAAACAAAAUGUCGAAUUGGCAAAGAAAAGUGCAAACAGUAUGCCACCGCCACCAGUACCAUCGGCUCAAUCAUCGUCAGCGGCAACGGCAUCAAAACGGCGUAUGGCACCACCGCCAAUACCAGAAGUACCGGCAAAAAUUCCAAAGGGUAUUCUGAAGAAUAGCCCAAGCCAUAAACCCAACAAUUCAUCAUCGCAAGUGGCCGACGCAAAACCAACAACCACUUCAACCGAAAACAGUGCACUACCAGAUAACUUUUUUGAUGAUCCACCACAAAAUGCCAAUUUUUAUGAAGCAACACUGACAAAAACUACAAUUAAAACAAAUUUGAUUAGCAUUAAACGAAAUCCGGAUCCGGAUAAAAUGGAUGACACAAAUGCGGAAAACAGCAACGCUGAACAACUUAAAGACGAAACAUUGCCAGAGGGAUUUUUCGAUGAUCCAAUCAAAGAUGCGAAAGCUCGAAAUUCAGAAUACAAAGAUCCAGUCGAAGAAGAAUGGGAGAAAUUUCAACAGGAAAUUAAAGCCGCAUCCGAUUUUUCAAAUGCAAUCAUUGCUGAAGAUCAAGAAGAGGCAAUCACUGAACGCCAAAUCGAUGAAAUUGAUGAACAAAUUCGAAAUUGGAACAGAGUUCUUGAAUUGGAAAAAAUGAAGGAAACUGUAAAUGACAAAUCAAAAGAAAGUGAUAUAACUUCCAGUUGUAGAACAGUGACAACGGCAAAAAUUAGGGUUAAACAAAAAAAGGAACCAACUCCUAUUGAAUCAAGUGAUGACGACGAUGAUGAUAAUGAAGUUGAUGAUAUUGAUGAAUAUUUGGAUUGGAGAUCGAAAAAAGCUUACAAAUAAAACAAUUUUUUUGUUUCUUAAACAGAAAUCAA